UAUCUUCUCAUGGAAAAUCGAACCACGCUGACAGAAUUUAUUUUUUUGGGACUUUCGAAUAAUCCACAAUUACAGAUUCUUCUCAUUCUUAUAUUCUUAACAAUAUAUGCCACAACAAUUUUUGGAAACUCUCUGAUCAUUUUUGUAGUCAAGACUGAAUUGACUCUUCACACCCCCAUGUUUUUCUUUCUUAGUCACCUUGCCCUCAUUGACAUUUGCUACUCUUCCACCAUUGUCCCAAAGAUGCUGGAAACAUUUGUGGCCAAAAAGAAAUCCAUUUCCCUGGUGGGAUGCAUCACACAGAUUUUCUUCUUUUCCCAUUUAUCUUGUACUGAUAUUUUUCUGCUUUCAGCAAUGGCAUAUGACAGAUACGUUGCUAUCUGUGAUCCGCUCCAUUAUUCAGUCAUUAUAACAAAGACAACAGUGUGCUGGCAACUGGUGGGUGGAUCCUGGCUAAUGGGCUUCCUGGAAGCAAUGCUCAAUGGAUUGCCUUUAGUAGGUUUGAACUUCUGUGGACACAAUGUGAUCAUCCACUACACCUGUGAACUUCCUGCAGUUCUGAGUUUGUCAUGUAGUGACACUUCCAUCAAUUAUAAGCUGAUACUUGCCUCUUGUUUUCUCUUUGGUUUUACCUCCUUCUUCUUAAUACUGGUUUCUUAUAUUUAUAUUAUUUCCUCCAUCCUCAAGAUUCAGUCCACAAAAGGCAGGAUCAAAGCCUUUUCCACCUGUAGUUCUCACCUUAUUGUUGUUUGCUUAUUUUAUCUUUCGGCUUUUUCUAGAUACUUGCAGCCACAUUCUAAAUCUUUCACAGACCUUGACAAAGUCAGCUCUGUCCAGUACUUAAUUUUAACUCCUAUGUUAAACCCAAUCAUAUAUAGUUUGAAAAACAGAGAAUUGAAAGUUAUUCUGUGGAAAAGGUUUGGAAUGUAUAAGUAA